AUGAAGAUUAUCCGUACGAAAACUAGUGUUCUGUCAGUCCUUGCUGCCCUGGAAUACAGUUCAGUGUCAUUUGUGAUGUUGGUAUUAGUCAUGACACUCAUGCUUACUGGUCAACCCCUCACGCCCGUUAAUGUCUUUAUGCUUCUCUCUUUCGUCAAUGUAGCAAGAAUAGGCCUUUGUAUGUACCUACUCUAUGGCACAAUGGAUGCUUACGAGGCUUUUGUUUCACUUCAGAGAAUUGAGCAUUUCCUUCUUUUAAAAGAUGUACCCGUGGUCUGUCAUGAUCACUCAAGCGAAAGCUCUGAAACCAAGGGGAGAGGGAGCGUAUCUGAAUUGACGAUAACCUUGUCGGAUCAACACGAUAAAACUGAAGAAAAUCCUCGUAUUCUUGUUGACGAGAAAUACAAUAUGGCCAAGCCAGCGACCCUAGUGGUGUCAAUUUUAUCAUCAAAAGAAAAGCCCGGUGGUGACGUGUUCCUUUUGCAAGAUGUCCAGUUUUCUACGGCGUCUGGAGACCUAACAGUUAUCACGGGUCCAGUGGGAAGUGGAAAAUCUACUCUUCUCUCAGCUAUCGCAGGUGAGGUGUCAGUCGCAGGAGGAACAAUAACCUGGCCAUCUUCCCUUGUUUAUGUCCCCCAGACACCAUGGGUCUUUUCUGGAACAAUAAGACAAAACAUUUUAUUUGGUCAACCUUACAAACAAACCUGGUACUUCCAAGUAGCUGAGGCAUGCGCCCUAACGGAAGACUUUCAGAAGUUUCCCAAAGGUGACGAAACGGCUGUAGGUGAAAGGGGUGCUGUUCUGAGUGGAGGCCAGCGUGCACGAGUGAGCCUAGCACGUGCGGUAUACAUGGAUGCAGACCUGUACCUGUUGGAUUACCCUCUGAGUGCCGUGGAUACGAGAGUUAGCCAACAUGUCUUUGAUAAAUUCAUUAAAGGUAUAAUGUGCAACAAAACCCGACUGUUGACGUCCCACCAGGAAGAACACAUGAAAGAAGCUGAUAAAGUUAUUUUGUUAUACAAAGGACGUUUGUUGGCUAAAGGUAAUUUCCCCGAGCUUGAAGAAAAGGGUAUUUUUGAUUCUGCACUUGAUCCACUUGGCAUGAAGCCUUUUAGGGAAAGGGAGUCCAAUGCGAGGUCGGUUUCGAAAAAGGAAGAUAACCCGGAAAUGAAGAAUAGAGUGAUGCCUGCACUACCUCAGAACAAGGAAAUACAAAUGUCAGACGAAGACCGCAUGGUCGGAGGAGUGACUUUUAAGCUCUACUGGGACUACCUCAGAAGCGGGUUAAGCUCUAUAUCGAUCAUCGGACUUAUCCUCUUAUGUUUCAUUACUCAAGUUUCUCCUGACUUUUGGCUUUCAUCUCUUACUCUGAAGAGUCCAGAAAACCAGAAAGACAAAGCAAACCUGAUCAUUUUUGGUUUUCUAGUACUUGGAUCCUUCAUAUUUGCCGCUGCCAGGGCAUUUUGCUUUCUUCAGGCCUCUGUGAGAUGUUCUAAACAUCUUCACGAUAAAAUGGCGGUGGCAAUUCUAGAGGCUCCUGUUUUGUUUUUUGAUUCAAACCCUGUUGGCAGAGUUCUUAAUCGCUUCUCUAAGGAUACAGGCUGCAUGGACGAGGUGUUACCCAAGGCGUUUCUGUUUGCUAUCCAGUUAGUCGUAGCAAUGCUGGCCUCGAUUCUCGUUCCAACCGUUGCUAAUCCAUGGCUUCUGUUUGUGACUGUUCCAGUGGCUAUAGCAGUCGUGUACAUCUUUCGGUACUAUCUGAAAACGUCUAGACAGCUGAAACGAAUAGAGUCUAUAUACCGAAGUCCUGUGUCUUCACACAUUUCGGAUACCAUAGAUGGGCUUGAGACUUUUCGAACAAGAGCAAGACAAAGAGAUUUUGAGGAACAGUUUUACAGAUAUCACGAUGUUCACACUCAAUCGUAUAUCAUGGUGCUUGCCUGCGAUAGAUGGCUUAGUGUGCGCAUGUGUUUCCUUAUCUCGAUCUUGACGUGUGCAGUGGCUCUUGGGGCGAUCUUCGUAUCUCAAGAUGCUUCGUUGGCUGGAAUUGGGCUUGUUUCCAUCCUCGAAAGUAUGGAACUGAUGGAUUACACUGUCAGAAAAGCAGCCGAAGUUGAGAAUUGUAUGACGUCAGUUGAACGGGUUAUGACGUACACAAAACUUGACCAUGAACCUGGCUACAAGGUAAACGAACUUCCCCCGGAACACUGGCCAUUUAAAGGGGAUAUCACGUUUCAAGACUUGUCAAUGACCUACUACCCGGGGGGACCUCAAGUAUUAAGGAAGCUUAAUCUUCACAUAAAAGGUGGAUCAAACGUUGGUGUCACAGUGCGAACGGGAGCCAGCAAGUCGUCCCUAGUGGCAGCCCUUCUGCGCAUGCCAGAUGCCCAUGGUGCCAUAAUGAUCGAUGACAUUCCGAUAAAGGACAUUAACCUACAAGUGGCUCGACGAUGUAUAUCUGUUCUUGGCCAAUGUCCUGUCCUUUUCAGUGGAUCGCUGAGAGAAAAUCUUGAUCUUAUGAAGCAGUUCCAAGAUGAAGAGUUAUGGCGAACCUUAGAGAUCGUUCAACUGAAAGAGCUGGUGGAAAGUUUGGAUGGAAAACUAGAUCACCAGUUGUUGGAACAUGGUGCAAACCUAAGUGUAGGAGAACGGCAGUUGAUUUGUUUGGCUCGUGUCCUCCUGCAUCAGAGAAAAAUUGUCAUCCUGAAUGAGCCAACUGCACACGUGGAUCCAGAAACAGAACAAACAAUUUGGAGGGUAGUGCGAGAGAAACUGAAGCACUCCACAGUAAUCACCAUAGCUCAUCGACUAAACACCAUAAGAGACUGUGACAUGAUUUUGGUUAUGACAAAUGGCGAGAUCCAGGAGGUUGAUAGUCUUGACUCAAUGAUUAACAUAACUUAA